AGCUGGAAUCCCUGAAGCUAGAGAGAGAGGGUACUAGCAAUACGCACCCUGCUCACUUUAGCACCUACGACCCCACUAACUUACACCUCAACUCUCUCUCUCAGAAUCACUCAUACAUACAGCAUCUCCUCCUCCAAACACAUUCAUUCCGAUCUCAAAUCAUUCACAGUUCAUCUCAAAUGGAGCAAGACAGAACAACUAUCUCAGACAACAGAAACACCCACUGGUGUUACACUUGCAGACAGUUAGUCACUCUCAUAAGACAAAACAAAGUUUGUUGUGAAUGUGGAGGCGGUUUCGUUCAAGAGCUUGAAAAUAUACUAACCACAAACACAACAACCGAAGAACAAAAUCAAAAUCCCAGAUCAGGCAUCAUGGAAACCUUCUCAAACCUUUUCCGACGUCAAGAAACACAACAAAACAAUUCUAACCAAAGAGACCAACAACUACAAGAAACCGCAUCUGAAGCUGACGAUAAUAGUAUGUGGGGCCCGUGGCCUAUUUAUACAGGCGACAUGCCUGUCAGGAUCCCCAACAAUGGUGGAGUUUUCGAGCUUUUUAGUGAAGUACUGGGAUUCAGGCGAGAAAACGGUGCAGAUUUCUUUGUGGGACCCGGGGUUGAAGAAUUCUUUGAACAAUUUAGCAUCCGUGAUCAAGAAGUUACUCCACCUGCUUCGAAACUGUCAAUUGACGCGAUUCCAACUGUUAAAGUUUCGAAAAAAGAUGCACGGUCUGAUUCACAUUGUGCUGUUUGUAAAGAGAAACUUGUAUUGGGGUCUAGUGCAAAGAAGUUACCUUGUAAACAUUUGUAUCAUUCGGGCUGCAUUGCCCCUUGGUUAGCCCAGGUGAAUUCAUGCCCGGUUUGUAGGCGUGAGGUGACACCGAAGGGGACAGGUGGCAGCAGCAGGAAGGGGGGUCGAGUACGAAUCAGGCCAUGGUCUUACUUGUGGCCUUUCGGAUCAUAAUCCCAGACUCGUGUAUACUUAUUCUGUGUUCCCUUUUUAAGUUGCAGAACAACGGUUAGUUGUUUUUUCUUUUCUUUUUUACAUGUGCAUCUACAAGACUUGGUCAUAAAGAUCAAUAAAAGUUGGUUGUUGGUCAGUUUGUUU